UUUCGGAUUCAAAGGCCAUCAGAGUGAACAAAGUCAAUGGCCUCCUGGUUUAAGUGGAGUGAACCUUACCACAGGUGCUCUGAAAGAAAUCCAGCGGACAUGGUAGUGGACACCCUCAUGAUGGAGCUCAGCUGGCAGAUAAAACAAGCUGAGAAGAUGCAGAGGGAGCGAGAGAAUGAAUACAGGAGGAUAAGAACAGGCGUGGACUACAGCUGGCUGGUCAGUUACCCCAAACACAGCUAUGAUAUCUCCCCAGUGGAGAGGCUAGAACUUGAGUCAGCUUGUGCCAAAAUCCACCCUUCGUAUUGUGGACCAGUGAUACUUAGGUUUCGACAGAAGGUCGUCGAGUAUGAGCCUGAGGUGAAGGAAGUAUCCCAGUUAUUUCAGUCUGUUCUACAGGAGACGAUGGAAAGGAUGAAAGACGAGGAGGAGGCGAAGAAGUUGACCAGGCAGUGGACCAAGAAACGGACAACCAGUCUGUCCACGUUUAAAUCUCGAGUGAGGAUUUUUCCCUUUAGUAGUAAUAUCAAGACAGUAUCGGAGGACGUGGAGCAAUGCAAUGUGCCAGCCCGACGGCUAUGGAGUUUACCGGAUUUCAGGAACACCAAAAAUUGCUGAUGGAUCAGGACCUUUUUGUGACUUUCCUGUAGAAAUUAUUUCAUGUGGAAUUGUAGUGGAAUUAUUCAUUGUUCAAUUUUAAAUUGAUCUUUAAUUGGACGAACCUUGGAAGUGUGACUGUAGUGAGUGUGCGUAGACCUGCAGAACAGGCGCCUUUAAAAACAUUUGCACUUGUGAUCUCAAAGACAAUUGUGGAAUUAGGAUUCAUAGAAUAAUAUAGCAUUGGUGUAUCGGGGGCCGCCUGUGGAGAAGAGUGAAAGGUUUAUAAGCACCUCAGUAACUUAUAAGAUAAAUAUAAGACAUAAAUAAAAAA